AGGCAGAAGUUAACAGAUUACAGAACCAGUUCUGCAAAAAACACAGGCAAAAAAUCCAAAAUAACCUUUAGAAAAAUCUAAAAUAUUGAAUUAUAAAUUGAAAUUGGAAGGAAACCAUGAAUUAUUUAAAUGAAAUCGAAGAUAUGAAUGCUUGUAAUCUUGUUAAUGUGAACUACAUAUAAAUAACAUGUUAGAACGAAAUAUGGGGGAAGUAAAUAAACAUUCAGAAUGGGAGUCCACAAAAGGUUUGAGAGAACCAAUAAAAGCUUUAGAGGACAAAUGGAAACUUGUUCCAUCAUUUUUGCAAAUUAAGGGAUUGGUUAAGCAGCACAUUGAUUCUUUCAAUUACUUUAUUAAUGUCGAAAUCAAGAAAAUUGUUCAAGCAAAUGAGAAAGUGUUUUGUGAUUCAGAUCCCUUGUUUUACAUUAAAUAUUUAAAUGCAUAUGUGGGAACACCAGAUUUAGAAGAGGGUUUUAGUGUCACAAAACCUACGACUCCACACGAGUGUCGGCUCAGGGACAUGACAUAUUCUGCACCAAUCACAGUGGACAUUGAAUAUAUCAGAGGCAACCAAAGGGUUAUCAAAAAUAAGCAACUCAUUGGGAGGAUGCCUCUAAUGCUGAGAUCUUCAAACUGUGUGUUGACAAACAAAUCAGAUUUUGAACUGGCUCAACUGAAUGAAUGCCCACAUGAUCCUGGUGGCUAUUUUAUUAUCAGAGGUCAAGAGAAAGUUAUAUUGAUCCAGGAGCAGCUUUCAAGGAACCGAAUGAUUGUGGAUGAGUUCAAAGGUGCUAUUCAGUGCCAAGUUACAAGUUCCACUCAUGAAAAGAAGACCAGAACAAAUGUCAUUGUAAAAAAUGGAAAAUAUGUUCUCAGGCAUAAUGCUCUAUCAGAUGAUAUACCAAUAGCAGUAGCAUUUAAAGCCAUGGGUAUUUGCAGUGACCAAGAAAUAAUGCAGCUUGUUGGCACGGAGGAUGCAUUUCUCAAGAAAAUGGCCCCCUGCAUUAUGGACUGUCACAAUUUGAAAAUUUUCACACAAAACCAAGCACUUGCAUAUAUUGGGACUAAGCUCAAGGUUAAACGGUUUCAGACAGCUAAUGCCAAGUUUCGAAGUCCAAUCGAUGAGGCUCGAGAUCUGUUAGCGACCACCAUCCUUGCUCACGUCGCUGUAGAGAACUUCAACUUUUAUGUCAAAGCCAUCUACUUGGCUAUCAUGGUGAAGAGAGUAAUAGAAGCUGAAAAUAGUAAAGCUGCUAUUGACGAUCCUGAUUACUACGGCAACAAGAGGCUAGAAUUAGCUGGCUCUUUGUUAGCUCUAAUGUUUGAAGAUCUGUUUAAAAGAUUUAACUGGGAGUUGAAGUCGAUAGCUGAUAAAAUAAUACCGAAAGUGAAAGCUGCGCCGUUUGACGUGGUGAAGCAUAUGAGACCAGAUUUAAUCGCUAAUGGCUUGUUCACAGCUAUUUCGAGUGGAAACUGGACAAUUAAAAGAUUUAAAAUGGAAAGACACGGAGUUACACAAGUUCUGAGUCGCCUGAGUUACAUAUCGGCUCUCGGUAUGAUGACGCGGGUGAAUUCGCAGUUCGAAAAGACGAGAAAGGUGUCCGGGCCCCGGUCCUUGCAGCCAUCACAGUGGGGAAUGCUCUGUCCCUCCGAUACGCCUGAAGGCGAGGCUUGUGGCCUCGUUAAGAAUUUAGCCCUCAUGACGCAUAUAACGACAGAAAGUUCCGAAGAGCCAAUAGCGAGGCUUGCGUGCAACGCAGGCGUUGAGGACGUCAGGCUUCUAGGCGGCGAAGAAAUCAACCAUCCUGCUGUUUAUAUGGUGUUCCUUAAUGGUAACAUCCUUGGUGUAACUAGGCAUUACAAGAAGUUAAUCAAAAUCUUCAGAAUGUUUCGUCGCCGCGGUCUUAUAUCAGCGUUUGUGUCCAUCUAUCCGAACCACAACCAAAGGACUGUGUACAUAUGCAGCGACGGCGGGAGGCUGUGCCGGCCGUACAUCAUCGUAGAGAAGGGCUACCCGCUGGUGCAGCAGGCACACAUCAAUGAGCUGAACAGAGGGAUCAGAAAGUUCCAAGACUUCCUCUCAGAUGGUUUGAUUGAGUACUUGGAUGUGAACGAGGAGAACGACAGUCACAUAGCGACAGUCGAGGGUGAGAUCGAUCCCUAUGUGACGACUCACCUCGAAAUAGAACCGUUCACUAUUCUGGGUGUAUGUGCAGGGCUGGUGCCAUAUCCACAUCAUAACCAGAGUCCGAGAAAUACGUAUCAGUGCGCUAUGGGCAAACAGGCUAUGGGUACUAUUGGUUACAAUCAAAAGAAUAGAAUAGACACGUUGAUGUACAAUUUGGUUUACCCUCAAUGUCCGAUGGUGAAAACAAAAACAAUAGAGCUGACCAAUUUCGAUAAAUUGCCCGCUGGGCAGAAUGCAACAGUUGCAGUGAUGAGUUACAGCGGCUACGACAUUGAAGACGCUUUGAUUUUAAACAGAGCCUCAAUCGAUCGGGGAUACGGUAGAUGUCUAGUCUAUAAAAGUGCCAAAACUAUUAUGAAGCGAUACAGUAAUCAGACCUCGGAUAGAAUCUUGGGUCCCUCCAGAGAUGCGAACACAGGGAAGGUUAUCAAAGCACAUGAAGUUUUAGACACUGAUGGUAUCGCUGCCCCCGGGGAAAUGGUCGAGAACCGACAAGUCCUUAUAAACAAACAGAUGCCGCCGGCCACGCUGAACCCGAUCAGCCAAGGACAACCACAACAGAUAGACUACAAGGAUGUACCCAUCACUUACAAAGGCCCAGUGGAGUCUUAUAUCGAAAAAGUAAUGGUCUCUUCGAAUUCUGAGGACGCGUUUUUGAUUAAAAUCCUGUUGAGACAGACCAGAGUUCCUGAGAUUGGCGACAAAUUCAGUUCACGACACGGUCAGAAAGGGGUGACAGGUCUGAUUGUGCAGCAGGAGGAUAUGCCGUUUAACGACCGCGGUAUUUGCCCGGAUAUGAUCAUGAAUCCUCACGGAUUUCCGUCGAGAAUGACAGUUGGGAAAACAAUUGAGCUAUUAGCUGGCAAAGCGGGAUUGAUGGAAGGCAAAUUUCAUUACGGCACGGCAUUCGGCGGCUCCAAAGUUCGGGACGUCUGCAAAGAGCUGGAAAAGCACGGCUACAACUACAACGGCAAAGAUAUCUUCUACUCGGGGCUAACAGGCGAGCCUCUGGAGGCCUACAUCUACUCCGGCCCUGUUUACUACCAGAAGCUGAAGCACAUGGUGCAGGACAAAAUGCACGCGCGAGCGCGAGGGCCGCGCGCGGUACUCACCCGCCAGCCCACGGAGGGCCGGUCGCGCGACGGGGGCCUGAGGCUGGGGGAAAUGGAGCGCGACUGUCUCAUUGGUUAUGGUGCCAGCAUGCUGCUGAUGGAGCGGCUGAUGCUGGCGUCGGACGCGUUUAGCGCGGACGUGUGCGGCGCGUGCGGGCGGCUGGCGGCGCGCGCCUGGUGCCACGCGUGCCGCUCGUCCGCAGUCUCCGCCGUGGAGAUGCCCUACGCCUGCAAGCUGCUGUUCCAGGAGCUCGCCUCCAUGAACAUCGUGCCCCGCCUCACUCUCAAGAAAUAUUGUUAGAUACUAAUUAAAUGCUUUGUGGUGAUUUA